AUGUUUGGCAUGCAAAACAAAGACUCUUGGCAGUUUAACUUAAUAAUCAGUAAAGACGACAAAGCCUACAUUAGGCCAGGAACAGAUGUGGGAAUGACUGGUGCAAGAAAUCAAGUAAUCUUUCAGCCAACAGACGAAGAAAGAGCUAGAAAACUCCCGCAGCAUGAUUUUGCUAAUCCUAAAGUGUAUAUCACUCCUGCUACACAUCGUUUCCUUGAGAAGGAGGGAGAAUUUGUCAGAGAUGAGGAACAGCUGUUUACUAAGACUGAUCAGACUUUUGUAGUCGUUCGCCCCAAGUUUUAUGUUCCUAGUGAUGGUACCACCUGGGCUUCUGAUUAUAUGAGGUUAAGACAUGAAAACCCACAGUUAUAUGAGGUUGGCUUGGAUAGUUUUGAGAAAUACUCACUUUCUUUCUGUAGUCUGUGUGCCAAAGUAAAAGACACUGUUUCUUAUUUCAUUCAGACAACGAUGGAAGAGGAUGUCAGCUGUGUAACAGAUAAGGUAAACUGCCCUUUCAAGCAGUAUGAGAAGAAACGAAUUGAGCAUUUAUCAAAAGCUUUAUCAAAAGCAAGAGACAUAUGGGAAACAGAGAUGAAAAAUGAUGUAGACCGAGCAGAAAUCGCCAAGGCCAAUGAGCUCAUUGGCUGCAUGUCAACAUUUACAGAGUCUCUCGAAAAUGCUAUUACUCAGCUAGAAGCAAAUUCUGGAGAAAGGUUGUGGCAAGUCUUUGAAGGAUUGAUAAAUGACAAUAUCAUAUUGAAGAAGAUAUCAGAAUUUAACUUAGCACCACUUAAACCCUGCAUUUUGGAGCUCACAGAUGGAGGUCCAGGUGUAGGGGUGAGCAAUUUUGAAGUCAGGUUCAGAGAUGCUGAGAUUGCCCUGCUUCACAAUUCUGACCGACGUGCUAGACUCCACCGUGCAACUAAUGAUUCCGGUCAGAAUGAAGCAGAACGAAGCAAUGCCUGCAUAGGUGAUGCAUUCGUCGAUGGAGGAAGCCUAAAUUGGGAGUACUAUGAACAAUACCAUGGCCUUGAGGAGGAGGAUUUAAAGAGAAUGUCAGCAAAAGAGCUAGAAGAUUUAGAGAAUGACCGAAUGAAGAAAAAUGCAUGGCGAGUUGCAGAAGAAGUGCUAUUGAGGAUAGAUGGUGAGCCUGCACCAAACGGUUUUCUUGGUGCAAUUGUUUCAGAAAAGCCUGGUGAAGAAUUUUUUUACAAUAAGGAAUAUCUAUCUAAGUAUAACAACACUUCAAAGUCAAAGCGACAUGUAAUACCUGGACAUGCCUAUUUUAAUAGAGUUGAAUCCUUUUUUGAGUCACAUUACGAAAGGGGAGAGCUCUAUUUUGAAUUUCUAAAAGGAGAUUGUUCAAGAAAGGGAGAACUGUGUGAGACAUGUAAGGAAAAUGGGUGGAUAGGUCCCGACUCACUGAAGCGCACACCACGUCCUUACCCAGAUGUCACACAACUCCCUUCCUAUCACUACCUCUCAGUAGGUAAUAUCCCUGUUCAUAACAGAGCACCAGAUGAUUUCCAACCCCGUGCGCAGUUACGCAAGCUUUUCGUCGAAGGGAACAUUAAAUGUGGCGAUAAUGACAAAAUUGAAGCAUUUUCUAAAAAAUACAUUGUCAGCCCUGAUCUGGUGGAAGAAUAUCUUGAGCACCUUACGAAUAUUCAAGUGAGAAAAAAUAUGCGCCAAGACGAAAAGCGUCAGGCAAAGAAAGAUGAAGAAACAAAAGGUUACGGUGACUAUAACUGGGAGGAACUCUACAAAUCGGGAAACCUAAAAAAGCUGAAGGUUGGUGAGCUCAAUAAAUAUAUUUUUCGCUACAACUUAUCAAGGAGAAAAAUGUCCAAAUCAGAAAACUUAACCUUCUGUCAGCUCACAUCAGCAAAGGUUUAUGUGAAAGGAUCUUGA